AUGUUGCUGCUGAUGCUGCUACAUGUGCUUGUGGUGGCACCGUCGUCGGCUCAGCAGCAGCAGCCGCCUGUGGUGCGUCCGGGGUGCCGCGACACGUGCGGCAACAUCACCGUCCCGUACCCAUUCGGCAUCGGCGCUGGCUGCUACCGCGACGACGGCCAAGGUGGCUACGCGCUCGAGUGCGACGACUCCGGCAGUUCACCGCCACGCCUCACCGUGGAAGGCUACAACCACCGCCUCGCCACACUGUCCCUCGCGGCCGGCGAGGCCCGGGCCUACCUCAACGCGACGCGGGAGUGCUUCAACUCCACGGGUGGGCUCGUCGGCGGCAGGAGUAGAGACACGUCCAUGGCCCUAGUCUUCAGUGUGUACCGCUUCUCCGACGCCAAGAACCGCCUCGUCGCGCUCGGCUGCCCCAACCUCGGCUACUUUGUCGACGCUGCCGGAUACUACGUCAGCGGCUGCAUGUCCGUGUGCCGGCCAUCGCAGUAUGCCAUGCCGGGCCCGUGCACCGGCGUCGGGUGCUGCCAGAGCGCGAUACCGCCCGGGAUCGACUUCUUCGAGCCGCACCAGCGCAACUUCCCCAAGGGGCAGAACGACUCGUCCGCCUUCACCACAAACGCCACCUCCUGCCACUACGUCUUCCUCGUCGACACCGAGUGGUUCACCUACAGCGACCGCGUUUUCCUCGACCGAGCCGAUGAUUUUGAUGUGCCAGUCGUGCUCGACUGGGCCGUCCGGAACGUCGGCAACUGCAGCGCCGCCAGGCGCAACGCCACCGACUUCGCCUGCCGGAGCAUGCGCAGCGAGUGCUUUGAUUCCACCAAUGGGCCAGGGUACCGUUGCAACUGCUCAGCAGGUUUUCACGGCAACCCCUACCUUGAUGGUGGUUGCACAGACAUCGACGAGUGCCAACUGAAAGACGACUACCCGUGCUACGGAGUCUGCACAAACACGCUGGGAAACUACACAUGCCAGUGCCACCCGGAGACAAGUGGAGAUCCCACCGUGAAGAAUGGUUGCCGACCAAACGACAAGUUCACCUUAGCUCUCAAAGUACUUACAGGAGUCGGCGCGGGAGUGAUCUUGUUAGGGUCCAUGUGCUGCUGCCUCUGCCUGACGCUGCAGAAGAGCAAGCUCAUGAGAAGAAAGCAGAAAUUCUUCGAGCACAACGGAGGCAUCAUCUUGCAGCAGCAAAUAAGGUCAUACAAUGGCAGCACCGGUGGAUCCACUAGCGGAUUCAAGAUAUUCUCCAGCGAAGAGCUAAAGAAGGCAACGAACAACUUCGCUGCCGAUCAGAUCCUUGGUCGUGGUGGCCACGGCAUUGUCUACAGAGGUGCCCUGGUGGACAAUUCGGUGGUGGCCAUCAAGAAGUCCAAGAUGAUGGAGGAGGCCGAGACCAAGGAGUUCGCGAGGGAGAUGCUCAUCCUCUCCCAAAUCAAUCACCGGAACGUCGUCAAGCUGCUUGGUUGCUGCCUCGAGGUGGAGGUGCCGAUGUUGGUGUACGAGUAUGUUUCAAACGGCACUCUCUACCAGUACGUCCAUGGCGGCAAGGGCCUCGACAGUGACACGGCCUUGGACACUCGUCUUCGGAUUGCCGCAGAAUCGGCAGAAGCGCUUGCGUACAUGCACUCGUCAGCAUCGCCACCGAUCCUCCACGGAGACGUCAAGACGGCCAACAUCCUGCUCGACGGCAACCUCACCGCAAAAGUAACCGACUUUGGGGCGUCGAAGCUAGCUCCAAAUGACGAGGCCGAGAUCGCCACGCUAGUGCAAGGCACCUGCGGGUACCUGGACCCGGAGUACCUUAUGACAUGCCAGCUGACCGACAAGAGCGACGUCUACAGCUUUGGCGUCGUGCUGUUGGAGCUGCUGACUAGGAAAAAAGCGCUCUGUUUCGAUGGCCCGGAAGAAAAUAGAAGCCUCGUGUCACGCUUCAUGAUGGCGGUGAAGGCUGGCCGACACGACGAGCUCAUGGAUUGCCAGGUGAGAAAGGAGAUGGGGCCCGAGGCGCUGGAAGAGAUCACCAACCUUGUGAUGCGGUGCGUGAGCAUGAACGGUGAGGAGCGGCCCGGGAUGAAGGAGGUCGCAGAGAGGCUGGAGGCAUUGAGGAGAUUCCAGCGGCGUCCAUGGGGUCAGGCAGGUGGUGGUGCUUUGGAGGACGAGGAUGAGGAGAAGAGCUUGCUUGAGAGAAAGCAAGAUUACAAGUUCAGACCCCACGAUGUGCUUGACUUAGAGGGGGGCAGUACAUACACAUUUAGCUCGUAGGUCGGUCGUUCUAAUAGUUUGUGUCACUCUUUUACAAAGUCGACUCAGAUGAGGUAGUAUAAAGUAAUUUUUAUGUAAAAACUUUCUUUAAAAAAGUUGAAGCUUUUAUUUGACCGGGAAUAGCAGGCGUUCUAACUUUUGGGGGUAAAACA